AUCAUUCAAAUGUGAACAAAACAAUGAUUGAAAUUUAAAUUUCGCUCUGUUUAGCAGAAAAACGUUUGUUAGUCAUAGUUCUAGGCUUCUCUCAUUCUCAACGAUGGCUUCGUACACACCUCCAUCCCGCUCUCAAAGAGCGCCAAGUUACUCGGAGUCUACGGCAAGCAGACUGUCAUCCAACAAUGAUUUCAAACUCAAAGGAAUAGAGCAUGCUGUGUCAUCGAAGUCAUUUCGUAGUGGCGGUGAACGUCCCUUUGGUAGCACAUCCAGAGAGAUGUCAAUUGAUGAAGGUUCAGCUCAAUCCAAGCCGUAUAUUCUUCCAUCUCAACAAAGUUUGGAUGUUAUGGGGAAGUCGACCGAUGAAAUGAUUAAGGAAACUGGCGAUGAACGAGAAGGCUGGGGGAACAAAUGGGAAUUCAUCUUAGCCUCCAUUGGGUUAGCUGUUGGCUUAGGAAAUGUGUGGAGAUUUCCUUACCUUUGCCAGAAGAACGGGGGAGGUGCUUUUCUCAUUCCGUACUUCAUAUUUAUGAUCAUCGAAGGGAUCCCUCUCUUCAUCAUCGAGUUUGCCAUCGGCCAACGGAUGCGCAGAAGCGCCAUCAAUUGCUGGAAGAAUGUGCAUCCUGCCUUGACUGGCGUUGGUGUCUCCUGCGUCAUUGUCUCAUUUAUGCUUUGCAUUUACUACGUAGUCGUCAUUGCGUGGUGUCUUUAUUAUAUGUUCGUUUCCUUUGCAAAGACGUUACCUUGGCAUAUGUCUAGCUGUGAAAAAUGGCCCCUAGUCAAAAAUCUAUCAGGGAUAGCUUUACGGAAAGCUGUGAAAAACGUCACAAACGACUGCUGUUUGAGGGACCCGCAAGCCUAUUAUUUCUAUGAAAAGGCUUUGAAAGUGUCCACGGGUAUUGAUGACUUGGGGUCAGGCGUCAACGGUCCUUUGGUCGGUUGUCUAGCCCUUGCAUGGGUUAUCACCUACUUGUGCAUUGUUAAGGGUGUCAAAUCAAGUGGAAAGGCCGUUUACUUCACUGCAACGUUUCCCUACCUCAUCCUAGUGAUAUUUUUCUUCCGUGGUGUUACUUUGGAAGGUGCUGGGGAUGGUCUUGUCACUUUGUUCAAGCCAGAUUUUUCAAAGCUAUUGAAUGCUCGCAUAUGGCUUGAUGCAGCAACUCAAAUGUUUUUUACGCUAAGUCUUGGUUUCGGAGCCCUGAUUGCCUUUGCCAGCUACAUGCCGAGAAAAAACAACUGCAUACGCGACGCGUACACUGUUGUGCUUAUUAAUUGUGGAACCUCCAUUUUUGCUGGCAUCGUCGUUUUUUCGAUCCUUGGUUAUCGAGCAAAGAAGACUGGUAUUCCUGCAGAUGAGGUGGGCGGCGGUGCCGGUUUGGCCUUUAUUACCUUCUGCGAUGCAUUUCUUCUGAUGGAUGUGUCACCAUUAUGGUCAGUUUUGUUUUUCAUGAUGUUGCUCCUUCUGGGCAUUGACUCAGAGUUUGGAACAUUGGAAGCAGCAGUAGCGCCACUAUACGACAUGAAGCUGAUUCCAAUGAGAAAAGAGUUCUUUACAGCACUAUUAGCUGUCGUGUUCUUCCUGAUCGGCAUCGCCAUCGUCUCAUCGCCUGGCUUCUACAUUUUUCAAAUAUUUGACGACUACAGCGUCGCUUUGCCUUUGCUUGUGAUUGCCUUGUUCCAGACCGUCGGAAUUUCAUGGAUUUACAAAAAUGAACGAAUAGCCAAUGACAUCGAGUACAUGACUGGAUCAAGGCCUAAUAUUUUCUGGAUGUUGUGCUGGAAAUACAUCUCGCCCAUAGCAAUUUUCAUCGUUUUGAUUGCAAGCAUUGUUGAAACUGCAAAGGACACUGCCAAGUACAGCGCCUAUGUUGGUUGCGAAUCGAAACCAUUUUCAUCAAGAUAUAACGGUACAAAAGAAUGGACAAAGAGGGUCGAUUAUCCAGGUUGGGGACAAUUCAUUAUCGCUGUAAUUGUUAUUGCAUGCAUAGGUCCUGUUAUUAUUUGGGCAGUCUUUUGGAUGAUAAAGCACUGGAAUGGAACUUGGAGAUCGUCUGUUUGGGAGACCUUAACAGGGGGUUGGGUCGAGUACCAUCCAGAUCCUUCUUGGGUAGAUCCUACUCGAAGAAAGUCGAAUAUUGAGAUGGCCAAGGUUAUCGCUGAAGAAGAUCAGAUGGCAAACAGAAUCUGAGACAAUUUUUACAUAUGCAUGUGCUUUUAUCAUGCAACUACUAUUUUAUACAUUUUACCUUCGUAGCUUCUCUUUACUAAUUUAAUUUUAAAAUUAGUUUAUGCAAGCAAUCUUUUGGUGGUACAAAACUUGAAAAUGGCAAACAUAGAUCGAAAACCCUAUCAAUGCUCUAACAUUUUAAACUCUGAAAAGUGUGAGACGAAAAGAUUUAGUUUACUCAAAUGUUAGCUUUUUUCAAAGCCAUUUUCAAAUUAGUUUAUGAAAAAUUGAUUUAGGUUUUUGUAUCGCAUCGGUAACCAACUUUUCGAUAGUUUAGAUUAUUUCUUUAAUGCAGGAAACCUUUAGGUGGUAAUGUUUAAUCGUUCUUACUAACAUUGUCUAGAAAGAAAUGGUCCUUAUUUUGAACCAUUUUUAUGACGUAACGAGAAUAUUCAGCCAUUAAAGGAUAUUUGCAACAAUCAUGAAAAUAAUCUUACUUUUCGUCCUUCGCUUUUGAACCAAGAAUAAAGAUAUAUUAAAUCUCGCUUGGAUCGUGCAUAAUUCUGUGCCCCAGAUCCUUAACCUGUCUCAUAUGAGAGGCAAUGGUCAGAAUCACGAGUGUCUUUGGGUGUAGGUAUUUUUAGAUCCUCUUGCGUGGCUAUGAUAUUACUGACUAAGGGAUGCAAAGUUUCCACACUUAAGACAAAGCAUAUAAGUGCCAAACAAAAUUUUAAAAAAUAAUAUCGAAAACAUAUUUAAUGCCAUAUUUACAAUGCAGUAUAUCGAAUGCAAUGUUUUACAUCAAAAAAUCUAAAUGGAUGAUAUUAAAUGGUAAAAAUGUAUCUGGUUAUUGGCUAGACCAAUAACAAAGAAUUGUGCAACACAAAACCACGGCAGAUUAACUGUCAUCUAUUCUGUUACCAAUUUUUUUAUAUUAUUGUAGGAAUUUAAACGCCUAAAGAAUAUUGAAAAAAUUCUGGCGCCUUUUUCUUUUUGGCUGAUUCUAUUUUACACGUUUUGAAGUUAUUUUUGCGACGUAAAAAUUUGGUAAUUUGAAAACGAUGUCUUCUUAGUAAUUAUGGGUCCUUUUAUGGGCACUUUGGGUGUCUUCUUUUUUAUGUUGUUUUAUGGUGAAAACGAUGUCUUCUUUGGGUAAUGAUAGGCUCUGUUAAGAAACUUUAAAAUUGGA